AUGGCAUUCCUGCUCAGCCCAGUUGUCCGCUACAGCACUGAGCAGACCGUGGCGUUCCGGCUCAGCCCACAUCUCCCCAAUAGCACGGAGCAGAUUGCGGAGUUCUCACUCGGCUCACUCAUCCAUUACAGCACAAAGCAGAUUUUGGCGUUCCUGUUUGGCCUGUUUGUCCGCUACAGCACUGAGAGGAUCGCAGCAUUGACCGGAUCUCCAGGGUCUGCUGUCCCCGACGGUCCUCUGCAUCUAUUUCGGAAAAGAGCUGUAUCGUCCGUUCCUCCCUCUCUGAUCGACUGGUUCUGUCUCUCUCUGUCUCUCCAGGCUCUGCCCUAUUUUGACCGCCUGGAUUACGUGUCGAUGAUGUGUAACGAGCAGGCCUACUCGCUGGCUGUGGAGAAGCUGCUGAACAUCCGCCCGCCCCUCCGCGCCCAGUGGAUCCGAGUGCUGUUCGGGGAGCUCACGCGGAUCCUCAACCACAUCAUGGCGGUCACCACGCACGCGCUGGACAUCGGCGCCAUGACGCCCUUCUUCUGGAUGUUCGAGGAGAGGGAGAAGAUGUUCGAGUUCUACGAACGCGUGUCGGGAGCCAGAAUGCACGCCGCCUACGUGAGACCGGGCGGAGUCCAUCAGGACAUGCCACUGGGCCUGAUGGAUGACAUUUACGAGUUCUGUAAGAACUUCUCCAUACGGAUUGAUGAGGUGGAAGAGAUGCUGACGAACAACCGGAUCUGGAAGAACAGGACAGUGGACAUAGGCGUGGUGCCUGCAGAGGACGCUCUGAACUGGGGCUUCAGCGGUGUGAUGCUGAGAGGCUCGGGGAUCAAGUGGGACCUGCGCAAGUCUCAGCCCUACGACGUCUAUGACCAGGUGGAGUUCGACGUGCCCAUCGGGACCAACGGAGACUGCUACGACAGGUACCUGUGCCGGGUGGAGGAGAUGCGGCAGUCCCUCCGGAUCAUUCUGCAGUGCCUGAACAAGAUGCCCCCGGGGGAGAUCAAGGUGGACGACGCCAAGGUGGCCCCGCCCAAGCGGGAGGAGAUGAAGACCUCGAUGGAGGCGCUGAUCCACCACUUCAAGCUCUACACCGAGGGCUACCAGGUGCCCCCGGGGACUACGUACACGGCCAUAGAGGCCCCCAAGGGGGAGUUCGGCGUGUACCUGGUUUCGGACGGAUCCAGCCGCCCUUACCGCUGCAAGAUUAAAGCCCCUGGGUUCGCUCACCUGGCUGGGCUGGACAUGAUGGCGAAAGGGCACAUGCUUGCAGAUGUUGUAGCCAUAAUUGGAACCCAAGAUAUUGUGUUUGGAGAGGUGGAUCGUUGAGCGAAAUUGACUUCUUCCGCUCCAGUGCGAGCGGCCAGUCAGUCCUUUCUCCUCAUGCCAAGAGUGAGCAGUAUGUGAAUACACGCAGGAGCAUAUCUAAUAAAUAUUUUCUUUUGUGCCGAGUGAAAUGGU